AUGGCCGCCAUCUUCUCUGGCGCACCUCCGCAGGGCGGCCCAGGCUACUCGUUCACGAGCACCCCCACAGCUGUUCCCUCCGGCGAAAGGCAGCACGGCUUCUACCCCUACACCGACAACGGCGGUUCAACGCUUGGCAUCUCGGGUGCUGACUUCGCCAUCCUCGCCGGCGACACUCGAUCCACAUCCGGUUACAACAUCAACACACGCUACGAGCCCAAGCUCUUCCGGAUUGGCGGUGAGGGCCCUGAGAACAAGGGCGCACGGAUAGUGCUCUCGGUGGUCGGUUUCGCCGCAGACGGUCAUGCGCUGAAGGAGCACCUGGACACCAUUGUCAAGAUGUACAAGUACAAGCACGGCAAGCCCAUGUCUGUCUCUGCAUGCGCACAGCGUCUCAGCCACAUCCUCUACAACAAGCGGUUCUUCCCGUACUACGUGCACGCUAUCCUCGGUGGCCUGGACGAGGACGGCAAGGGCGCCUUGUACUCGUACGACCCCGUCGGCAGCUACGAGAGGGAGCAGUGCAGAGCAGCCGGUGCGGCGGCCUCGCUCAUCAUGCCCUUCUUGGACAACCAGGUCAACUUCAAGAACCAGUACGAGCCGGGCAGCGGGACAGGACACAACCUGAAGACCGUCGUGCCACAACCUCUGCCGCAGAACCACGUCGAGGACUUGGUGCGCGAUGCCUUCACAAGCGCAGUAGAGAGGCAUAUCGAAGUGGGUGACGGGCUGCAGAUGAUGAUCAUCACAAAGGAGGGCAUCAACGAGACAUUCACGCCACUGAAGAAGGACUAA